GGUGACCUGAGCGGUGGCGCCCCCUGCUCGGGCGGCGGGCACCAGUUGCAGGCCGGGCGCCGCGGCCGGCGCGGGCGCCAUCUGUUGAGGGGCGCCCCGGGCACGGCAGUUGCAGCGGUGGUCGGCGCCCGUCGCCGGCGGCACUGGCAGUCGGGCUAUGGCGAUGCUUGUGGAAGGGUAUACGGGGAAGCGGCUGCGGCCGGACGACGCGCUAGGCCACCCGGAUGAUACGAUCCGGGAUGCCGGCCCACCUCGUAAACGGAGGGAUUUUGAGCCGGAGAAGCCGAACCAUAUCCUCCUGAUGACCGUGGUCAACCCCGUCUAUCCGAUCACAGUGGACGUCAUCAAGACCAUCUCCUCCAGCCACGGGCAAGUGCUGCGCAUCGUCAUCUUCAAGAAGAACGGCGUCCAGGCGAUGGUCGAGUUUGACUCGGUGGAGGCGGCCGCCCGGGCCAAGGAGGCGCUCACGGGAGCCGACAUCUACUCGGGCUGCUGCACCCUCCGCAUUGAGUUCGCCAAGCCGGCGCGUCUCAACGUCUACAAAAACGACGCGGAGAGCUGGGACUACACCAACCCGGCGCUGGGUGUCACUGCCAAGCCGGAGCUGCUGGCGGCCAAGACUCCGCUGCUGCAGGAGCCCCACUUCCCCGGCUUCGCGCUGCCCUACGGUCUGGAGGCGGUGCGCGGCUCACCCCUAUACGGUGCCACACCAGUCGCAGAGAGUCUGUCCCUGGGCAGGUUUGCCGCCGCGCUGGCGGCGCCCGCCGUCGGUGCCACAACAUUCAACCCGGCCGAGCUGGCCCUGCAGGCUUCCCCUCCUGCGGCCCGCGCUGCCCUCUCCGCGGCCAGCUUCGCCGCCCAGCCGGCCGUGGCCCCGGCGUCGCCCCGCCUGGCGCAGCAGGGAGCCGUGCUCAUGGUCUACGGCCUCAACAAGGACAUGAUGAACGCCGAAAGGCUCUUCAACCUCUUCUGCCUCUACGGAAAUGUCAUCCGGAUCAAAUUCCUGAAGACCAAGGAGGGGUGUGCAAUGGUUCAACUAGGCGACGCGCUGGCGGUCGAAAGGGCAAUCGGCAACCUCAACAACAUCAACAUUUUCGGCAGCAAACUCCAACUAGGGUACAGCAAACAGGCGUUUUUGAACAACGUGCAGCAGCCCUACUCACUACCCGACGGAACACCCAGCUUCAAAGACUUCACCGGCUGCAAAAACAACCGAUUCCUCAACCCGGGAAUGGCGAGCAAGAACCGCAUCCAGGCACCCUCAAAGGUGUUGCAUUUCUUCAACAUGCCGCCGCAGCUAGCGCCGUCAGAGCUGACGGAAAUCUUCCAGUCCGCCGGAGCGGCCACCCCGCUCUCCGCCAACAUUUUCCCCUCGAAAACCGAGCGGAGCUCCUCCGGCCUGGUGGAGUUCAGGAGCACCGAGGAGGCAGUGGAGGCUCUGGUCGUCUCUAACCACAAGUCGAUCCCGCGCUCCAGCAGCAAGUUCCCGUUCACGAUGAAGCUCUGUUUCUCGUCGUCACGGGCGGGGAACGGCGGCGGAUCGGACCGAGCCCACUCCUCGCCGGAACAGGUGUGCUAGUGCCGGGCCCUGUCGGCCCCCGGUGCGCUCACGAGACCUCUGCAGAGUGAAGCGGGGCCCUGAGACCCUGCGGCGAGGCCCCUCUGCGGUGGCCGAAGCCUGCUGUAUCGACUUUCGUCCGGCUGGGCUGAAUCGCAGUGAGCGCGGGCCCACACGCAAAUAAGAGAAGUGGUAUUAUAAGUGGUGUGAGAAUGUGGCGUGUUGACAAAGAUUCGGUGUGAGCUAUUUAUUAUAAGACGGCGGAAGCGUUCCGUCAGCGAGUGAGUGCGUGUGAAAUAGGGCCGCCGAGCGACCGGGCUCGCGAUUUGAUGGUACAACUCGCAGCUCUUGUGACGGUCCCGAUUCAGUGGUACAAUCUGCUACUCUCCCGUGUCCGUGCGACGCCAGAACUGGACGCUCUACGCUGCCACUGGACAACGGCUGGAGUUGGUCUGGUCACUUCUGUCUGUGUGCUGAGUUAGACAGCCCGUCCCACCCCGUGUCGACUGAGAAUUCUUCGGUCAGCGACUCAGGCCGCUUCGCCAGUCUGCGUGUGUGCCUCUGUGAGUGUGACUGUGUGUGUCUGUGUGCUCUCGAUCAGGGCGGAGCGAGUCGCGUUGUUACUGUUUCACCACCCUGUUGCCGCGCCGAGUGUGCCGCGCGUGUGCCGCGCGUCUGCCGCCGGUUCAAUGUUUGAGCCGUGCGGCUCAUUCACGGCGCUUCAUCGCGCGCGGCUGAUUCGAUAUUCCACACCGGACACCGCGUGUAAAUGCGACCGAGGCCCGUCGCGCCCGAUCGCCGACCGAAGUUUGUUUCCAUGAUUUACGACUGUUCAGUGGCAGCGAGGCUUGGCUCUGUUGAUUGAUGCCGCGUGCGUGCCUGGUUUUAUUAGUUGCCGGUAUAGCCGGCACAAAGCGUGUCGGCUUUACCGUGUGAUGCUACAGAUCAGAUUCGGACGCGCCACAGGCAGCGCGGUACGGUAGUCUAUCUAGAUUAUAUGCAAGUUCUCGAUGACUGAUUUGUUUUGUUUGUAUCAAAACGGCAGCUAUAAGUUGCCAGGUAGACUAGUAGCCCACAAAAACCAUCGUUAUUACCAUCAAAAUAUCGGAUAUGUCGUUGAAGGGUGGGAUUGGGAAGGUCGUCUGGAUAAUUAAUAAACAUUUCCCAUUCA